AUGGCUAGCCCUGCCAUAACCUCACCCAUCAGCAAUCGUUCUGCACCCGACUGUAUAUUCGAGACUCUGAACGAUACUACCCGACUUGAUCAUCGAGCCGCGCCCAUUGCCAAUUUUCCGCAAUCAAACUCUGGUGGCGAAUUCCUCUCUCUCACUUCCAUGACUUCCGAGGGUCGCACGAGUCAAUUCACCCAGUCUUUCAUCACCCGGCGGCCUGCAAAAAUCAUCAAUAACCAAUCCCAGCGAGACACGGAGGCUCAACUUGCUUUCCUAGGGUACAAGCAAGAACUAUAUCGUGAUUGGGACUUUUGGUCAUCUUUUUCGCUCUCGUCUAUCAACAUUGGACUUCUUCCAGGAGCGUUUUGGGGCCUCACCGGAGCCAUCAGCUGGGGAGGUCCGGCCGUCAUGAUUUAUGGCUUGAUCCUUUCCGGGAUUUUCAUGUGUUGCCUAAAUGCAGUGCUCGCUGAGAUGGCGUCGGCGUACCCGGUAACAGGAGCUAUGUUCACUUGGACAUUCAAGCUUGCUCGAGCCCAUCCAAAAUUGCGGGACUGGGCACAACUUCUAAGCUGGCAGGUUGCUGUCUUUCUCACCGUUUCCCACGUACUCACGCAGGUACAGCUAGCAGCGCAAUUUGUCGACGUCUUCACAAGCCUAUUUACCGCUUCAGGUUACUACUGGAUCAUUCUUCGAUGGCAUAGAGUCGUACUCACGUCUGGUUGGCUGGUAAUAGCUGGUACGAUUGCAUGUACCCGACCGGCGCGCUCUCCUUUGGCUUGGAAAAUAGCUGGGGUCUUGAACCUGGUCUUGUCCGCAGCAAUAUGUAUCGCAUUGCUAGCCACCGCAAAGCAUCAACACCCCUUUCGACAGCUGUUCACGAGGUUUGAUAACCACACUUCUUUCAAAAGUAAACUAUGGAUCUUCAUCUACGGCGCGGCAAACUCUACUCUCUCUGUGGGAUCUGAACCAGCCGCACAUCUGUCGGAGGAGACGAAAGAUGCGGCAGCUGUCGUCCCGCGCGUCUUCUUUUGGAGCACUAUUUUUAGCUAUCUGACCGCAUUGGUGAUGAAUGUUGUUGUCUUCAAGACUCUGGUACCAGGCCAUUAUCAUACCCCCUCUACCUGGCCGAUAAUCGAUCUGAUUUUCUUACACUGUCCCAAGCCGGUUGCACAAUUUAUUGUAGUGUGCUUAAUCAUCGUGAUGUUCCUUGAAGAUAUGUCUCAGCUUCUCACUGCCGGUCGAUUUCUCUGGGCCUUGGCGCGUGAUAAUGCAAUCCCGUUUCCAAAAUAUUGGAGGAAGACAUCCACUGGAUUUCGAAUCCCUCGACGGGCUACUGCCCUGCUCGUAGGGCUGUCGAUGUUGACGACUUUGGCUGGCUUAGACCGUACCAAGAUACUUCCUGGGAUCCUGAGAUUGUCACUUCCAGCCAUCUUCAUGGUGUGCUACAUUGUGCCAGUUGGGCUUUACAUUGCUUGUGGGAAGGAUGGGUUCGACCGGGAUGGGAGGAGUUCCUGGACUCUUCGUGGUUUUAGUCGACCACUGUCGUGGAUUUCUUUGAUGUUUCUUCUGUCAUUAGUGGCUAUAUUCAGUUCUCCAUCUGAAUCAUAUAUUAAUGUUGAAACUUGGUCGUGGACUCCUUUGAUGCUUGUGGGCGUCUUUAUCCUUGCCAUGGCGACCUGGAUGCUCUAUGGCCGAUUAAAUUUUGCUGGACCAGUUAAGUCACUCACAAUAUGGACAGCCGGGCAAGAAUUGGAAUUGCCUCCCAAAAUUGCGCGUGUCCAGGCUCCGGCGGCCGCUGCCGUGACAAGCACCAACGACCCGCGUCGCUCCCUUCAUGUGACUCUCAACCGUUCAUUACCACAACAAACUGGAAUGACACAAAAUUUAACUUACAAUCUUCCUGACGCGCACGUUACAUACAAUUCUGAAGGAAGUAUGUGGUGCGAUACUCAAAUUGAGUCUAAACAAAUAUAUUCGCAAGGUUAG